GAAAUUCAUCUUUACAUCCGCCUCUUCCUCCCAGUCCACCCAAACUCUCACCACCCUCGUCCGAGCUCACCCUCAUCCUUCAAGAUGGAUUCCAGCAAGCAGCCCGUCAAGCUCGUCAAGGUGACCCGUGUCCUCGGUCGCACCGGCUCCCGUGGUGGUGUCACCCAGGUCCGCGUCGAGUUCAUGGACGACACUUCCCGCUCCAUCAUCCGUAACGUGAAGGGCCCAGUCAAGGUUGACGACAUCCUCUGCUUGCUCGAGUCCGAGCGCGAGGCUCGCCGUCUCCGUUAAAAAUCCCAAAA